UAAAAUAAUGAAUAUUGCAAUAAAGUCCCGCUUUUUUCCACUCUCCAGUAAUUUGCAGAUUUUGGCAUCUUCAGUUAGAAAUUCUUCAACAACUUCUAACGAUAAAAAAUAUUCUCUUGAGAAUAUUCCAGAGCCAGUAAUUAGUUCUUUAAAUACAGCACAAUUUCGUAGAGGAACUGGUGGACGUAAUAGUUUCACGGGCAAUGUUGUUUCAGUAUUUGGCGCUUCUGGUUUUACCGGCCUCAGUGUUAUUAAUCGUUUAGCCAAACAAGGAAAUCAAAUUAUUAUUCCCUAUCGUUGUGAUGCUUUCUUUGUUAAAGAAUUGAAGGUUUCUUGUGAGCUUGGACAAAUUCUUUUCUUUCCCUUCCAACCAACUGAUGAAGAUAGCAUUCGAAAAGCAGUUAAAUACAGCAAUGUUGUUGUUAAUUUAAUUGGUGCUUAUAUUAACACACCUAAUGUAGAGGUGCCUCGUAAAAUUGCUAGAAUUUGUCGUGAAAUGGGUGUUGAACGUUUAGUGCAUGUCAGUGCUAUGGGUGCUGAUCCUGAGCAUGAAUCUAAAUAUCUUAAAAAUGGUCAAUUUCUUCGCACUAAAGGCUUAGGAGAACUGGCUGUUCGUGAUGAAUUUCCAAAUGCUACAAUUGUUCGUCCUUCAGUUCUCUACGGAGAAUGUGACUAUUUUCUUCAAUUUAUGACUACUCAUUUGCGUCGAUGUCCAGUACUUGGAUGGGUUUAUAUUUAUAAAGGAGGACGUGGAAUUUACAAAAUGCCUGUUUAUGUAAAUGAUUUUGGUCUUGGAAUUUCUCGAAUAGUAAAUGACCCUUCUUUUGCUGGAAAGGAUUUUGAAUUUGUUGGCCCACAUUGUUAUGAAUUUUGUGAAAUUGCAGAUUAUAUUUAUAAAAAGGCUGGCUGCUUUAAGGAAAUUAUGUUUAGAUAUCAUCGUUUUUCACGUCCAGACCCUUGGUUCCUUCUUUGGUCAGCACUUUGUUGGAUUAAUACAAAAGUAUAUAGAGGUGGAGGUUCUUAUAUUGAUUGGGAAUGGCUUGAUUUUGUGGAAGCAACAAGUGAUGUAUUAACUGGCGGGAAAACACUUGGAUUUUCUGACUUAGGGAUUAAGCCUCAUCUUUUUGAGGAUAUGGCUGCAUAUUUUUGUCGUAUACGUUCAUUUUCUGGAUCGGUUGAUUUAGCAUAUGACGAAAUGCCGAAUGUUGCAUUACCUCUUCGAAGUCCCAUACUUUACAAACGACCACCAAAAUUAUUUGACCCUUCAAAUAUUCAGACAGAGGAACGAAUUUUUGGUCGAAAAGUAGCGGCAACUGGAUGA